UAUGUCAAGGAAGUAAAUUGUGAAUUCAUGGUAUUUUUGACUAUCUCCACCCCUGUUCGCUGUGUGAUAUUGGAAAAUGAGAGGUUUUAACAUUCCUUGAAGUUUUAUUGGAAGCAACACUGCAUCAGGCAAACAGAUCCACAGUGUAAGUUUUCUCUUUUUGGCAACUGUACUUGCUUUGAAUGAGCCGAAUGUCAGCUGGAUUUCACAGCAUAUCCGAUUUACAGUCUGUGUUUUAUCAAGGCCUUAAAUGUAUGUUUUAUACUCAGCAGAUGGGAAACACAUUGAGCACUGUGUUUGACAUGUAUGCCUAAGGAAAGGAGUUCCCCGAUGGAUCAUGGCGUUAAUGUUUACAGGACAUUUCUUAUUUUUACUGUUAGUGAUGUUUGCUUUCUCUACUUUUGAAGAAUCUGUGAGCAAUUACUCUGACUGGGCAGUUUUCCGAGAUGACAUAGAUCAGCUUAAGACACAGAAAGUGCAAGAUUUCAGACCCAACCAAAAGCUGAAGAAAAGUAUGCUUCAUCCACAUUUAUAUUUUGAUGCUGGAGAGAUCCAAGCAAUGAGGCAAAAGUCUCGCACAAGCCAUCUGCAUCUUUUUAGAGCUAUCAGAAGUGCAGUGACGGUUAUGCUGUCCAACCCAACAUACUACCUACCUCCACCCAAGCAUGCUGAUUUUGCUGCCAAGUGGAAUGAAAUUUAUGGUAACAAUCUGCCCCCUUUAGCACUGUACUGUUUGUUAUGCCCGGAAGACAAAGUUGCCUUUGAAUUUGUUUUGGAAUAUAUGGACAGGAUGGUGGGCUACAAAGACUGGCUGGUGGAGAAUGCACCAGGGGAUGAGGUUCCAGUUGGCCAUUCCUUAACAGGUUUUGCCACUGCCUUUGACUUUUUAUAUAACUUAUUGGAUGAUCAUCGAAGGCAAAAAUACCUAGAAAAAAUCUGGGUUAUUACUGAGGAAAUGUAUGAGUAUUCCAAGGUCCGCUCGUGGGGCAAACAACUUCUUCAUAACCACCAAGCUACUAAUAUGAUAGCGUUACUCACCGGGGCCUUGGUGACUGGGGUGGAUAAAGGAUCCAAAGUAAAUCUAUGGAAACAGGUUGUAGUAGAUGUGAUGGAAAAGAUGAUGUUUCUGUUGAAUCAUAUUGUCGAUGGUACUUUGGAUGAAGGUGUUGCCUACGGGAGCUACACGGCUAAGUCAGUCACACAGUACGUUUUUCUGGCCCAGCGCCAUUUUAAUAUUAACAACUUGGAUAAUAACUGGUUAAAAAUGCACUUUUGGUUCUAUUACGCCACCCUUUUGCCAGGCUUCCAAAGAACUGUGGGUAUAGCAGAUUCCAAUUAUAAUUGGUUUUAUGGUCCCGAGAGCCAGUUAGUUUUUCUGGAUAAGUUCGUCUUAAAGAAUGGAGCUGGCAAUUGGUUAGCUCAGCAAAUCAGAAGGCACCGGCCUAAAGAUGGACCAAUGGUCCCCUCCACUGCCCAGAGGUGGAGUACUCUUCACACUGAAUACAUCUGGUAUGAUCCCCAGCUCGCCCCACGGCCUCCUGCGGAAUAUGGUACUGCAAAAAUGCACACGUUCCCUAACUGGGGUGUUGUCACUUAUGGGGCUGGGUUGCCAAACACACAGACCAAUACCUUUGUGUCUUUUAAAUCUGGGAAGCUAGGAGGGCGAGCUGUCUAUGACAUAGUUCACUUCCAGCCAUACUCCUGGAUUGAUGGGUGGAGAAGCUUUAACCCAGGACAUGAACAUCCAGAUCAGAACUCAUUUACUUUUGCCCCCAAUGGGCAGGUAUUUGUUUCCGAAGCUCUCUAUGGACCCAAGUUGAGCCACCUUAACAACGUACUGGUGUUUGCGCCAUCACCCACGAGCCAAUGUAAUAAGCCCUGGGAAGGUCAGCUGGGAGAAUGUGCACAGUGGCUUAAGUGGACCGGCGAGGAGGCUGGUGAUGCAGCGGGGGAAAUCAUUACUGCCUCUCAACACGGGGACAUGGUAUUUGUGAGUGGGGAAGCUGUGUCAGCUUAUUCCUCAGCAAUGAAGCUGAAAAGUGUGUAUCGGGCUUUGCUUCUCUUAAACUCUCAGACUCUGCUAGUUGUUGAUCACGUCGAGAGGCAAGAAGAUUCCCCAAUAAAAUCUGUCAGUGCCUUCUUCCAUAAUCUGGAUAUUGAUUUUAAGUACGUCCCAUAUAGGUUCAUGAACAGGUAUAACGGCGCCAUGAUGGAUGUGUGGGAUGCACAUUACAAAAUGUUUUGGUUUGAUCAUCGUGGCAGUAGCCCCAUUGCUAGUAUACAGGAAGCAGAGCAAGCCGCUGAAUUUAAGAAACGGUGGACUCAAUUUGUUAAUGUUACAUUUCAGAUGGAAUCCACAAUCACAAGAAUCGUAUAUGUCUUUUAUGGGCCAUAUGUCAAUGUUUCCAGCUGCAGAUUUAUUGAUAAUUCCAAUUCUGGACUUCAGAUUUCUCUCAAUGUCAAUAAUACUGAACACGUUGUUUCCAUUGUAACUGACUACCAUAACUUGAAAACAAGGUUCGAUUACCUGGGAUUUGGCGGCUUUGCCAGUGUGGCUGAUCAGGUCCAAAUAACCCGAUUUGGUUUGGGCACUCAAGCCAUAGUGAAGCCCGUAAGACGUGACAGAGUGAUUUUUCCCUUUGGAUUUAAAUUUAAUGUAGCAGUUGGGUUGAUUUUGUGCAUCAGCUUGGUGAUCUUAACUUUUCAGUGGCGGUUUUACCUUUCUUUUAGAAAGCUAAUGCGGUGGAUCCUCACCCUUGUUAUUGCCUUGUGGUUCGUUGAGCUGGUGGAUGUGUGGAGCACUUGCACUCAGCCCAUCUGUGCAAAGUGGGCGAGGCCGGAGGCCGAAGCGAGCGCGAAGCCUGUGUCUCCCCAAGGGCACCGCAUCGAUCUUCCUGACAUCGUCAUUACCUCACUUCCUGGCUCAGGAGCUGAAAUUCUCAAACAGCUCUUCUUCAACAGCAGUGACUUUCUGUACAUCAGGGUUCCCACAGCCUACAUUGACAUCCCUGAAACUGACUUUGAGAUCGACUCCUUUGUGGAUGCCUGUGAAUGGAAGGCGUCAGAUGUCCACGGUGUGCAUUUCCGUUUACUCCGAGGCUGGUUGCAGUCCUUGGUCCAAGACACAAAACUCCAUUUGCAAAACAUCCAUCUGCACGAACCCGGCAGGGGUAAACUGGCCCCAUAUUUUACCACGAAUAAGGACAAAAAAAGGAAGUUGAAAAGGAGAGAGUCUUUGCCAGAACAAAGAAGCAGAAUGAAAGGCGCCUUUGAUAGAGACGCUGAAUACAUUCGGGCUCUGAGGAGACACCUGGUCCAUUACCCUAGCGCACGGCCCGUGCUCAGCCUGAACAGUGGGAGCUGGACCUUAAAGCUGCAUUUCUUCCACGAAGUUUUAGGAGCUUCGAUGAGGGCCUUGUACGUGGUGAGGGACCCUCGGGCGUGGAUUUAUUCGAUGCUGUACAGUAGUAAACCAAGUCUUUACUCUUUGAGGAAUGUACCAGAGCACUUAGCUAAAUUGUUUAAAAUAGAGGGAGGUAAAGGCAAAUGUAACUUAAAUUCGGGCUAUGCUUCCGAGUAUGAAUCAUUGAGGAAAGAAUUAUCAAAAUCCAAGCCACACGCAGUGUCCCUGCUGGCUCAUGUGUGGCUAGCAAACACCGCAGCAGCCUUGAGGAUAAACACAGACCUGCUGCCUACCAGCUACCAGAUGAUCAAGUUUGAAGAUAUUGUGCAUUUUCCUCAGAAAACCACUGAAAGGAUUUUUGCCUUUCUUGGAAUUCCUUUGUCUCCUGCUAGUUUAAACCAAAUAUUGUUUGCCACCUCCACGAACCUUUUCUAUCUUCCCUAUGAAGGGGAAAUAUCACCAACUAAUACUAAUGUUUGGAAACAGAACUUGCCUAGAGAUGAAAUUAAACUGAUUGAAAACAUCUGCUGGACACUGAUGGAUCGUCUAGGAUAUCCAAAGUUUAUGGACUAAAUGCUGCAGGUCAGCAGAAA